CAUAAAUAUCUCCCAUGUCGAAUGCUUCUGGGACCACAUGUCUACAUAUGUCAGGCAUUCCCAAAUUAGAGCCGCCCGUAGGGUGAUCUCUGCCCAAUGGAGGGGCAGAAUUGUGUCGCACCGCUCUCUUCACCAAGAAGCCACAGACUCAAUUAAGCCCGGAGUACCCGUCGAAACCACUCGCCUAGCAGUAAAAGACAACAUAUCAGCCGCAGGCUUCACGACGACAUGUGCGUCCAAUAUUCUCACCGGGAAUAAGAUUCCCUUCGAUGCCACCAUCGUCAAGCAAUUGAGGAAGGAGGGCUCAGUAGUGACUGGGAAGAGUGGUAUGGAUGAGUUUGGCAUGGGUACACACUCCACCACGUCUGCUUUUGAAGACAUACAUAAUGUACUCGGGCUAGAGAAAUACUCAGCGGGAGGGAGUUCGGGAGGGAGUGCUGUCGCAGUAAGAAGAGGGGAAGCAGAACUAGCUCUUGGAACGGAUACAGGAGGGUCUGUUCGGAUGCCAGCCGCAUACACUGGCACAGUAGGGUUCAAGCCGUCGUACGGUAUGCUGUCCCGUUGGGGUGUUGUUCCCUAUGCAAACUCGCUAGAUACGGUCGGGCUGUUAGCCAGAACCGUAGGGCCCAUAGUCACAGCCAUCGUAGGACAAGGCCUAUAUAAAGAGCACGACCAUAAUGACCCAACCUCUCUUCCAGCCAGCGUACGGAGUAAAUGUACAGCCGAGCGAAACGGGUACGAGUCCUGGAAUCCAGCCCAGAAGGGCACGAUCCGAGGCUUGACCUUCGGAAUCCCGAUAGAGUACAAUAUCGAGGAACUCGAUUCGCGCAUACGCCAAGGAUGGCUAGCAGCUGCACAGAAAAUAGAGGAACUAGGCGGGCGGGUGGUUCCUGUGUCACUGCCCACUACGAAAAACGCGCUUUCAGCCUACUACGUCAUAGCACCAGCUGAGGCGGCUUCCAACCUCGCUAAAUAUGACGGUAUACGCUACGGAAAGCGAAACGACGAGGAAGGUAGUGAUUCAUUCGAAGGCAUAUUAUACGCAAAAACAAGGGAUACAGGUCUUGGAAGCGAAGUCAAACGUCGCAUUCUACUCGGCUCAUAUACCCUUAGUUCCGAGGCUAUAGACAACUACUUCAUCCAAGCCCAAAAAGUCCGCCGUCUCGUCAAGAGAGACUUCGAUCGAGUCUUCAAGCUAUCGAACCCGCUCGAAGACCAACAACCUUUCGAUCUCAGCGGUAUGGAAGAUACAAUCCAAUUAGAAAGUAAACUUGGGCCGACGCAAGUUGAUUUCCUUCUUUGCCCCACCGCACCGACGACUCCGCCUCUACUUGAGAAUGUCAGGAAACAAACACCUCUGUAUUCUUAUAUGAACGAUGUUUUUACCGUUCCAGCUAGUCUUGCAGGACUUCCGGCGAUUAGCAUUCCUAUGGAUAUACCCAUUGAUCCGGCCGAGGAAGAGCAGAAAUUGCUAAACUUCGGAGGUUUGCAGCUCAUUGGACAAUAUUGGGAUGAUGCACGGUUGCUUUCGGUAGCCGAUACUUUGUCGCCCCAUGUUUUGACGCGGAAACUCUUCCAGUCUUAAAGCCAUAUCAGUUAGAUAUAUUAUACCCAAAAUAGAAUUGUAAAAGAGAAUACCAUUUGACUCUUACCAUAUGUCCUCAUG